UUUACCUUGCCUACCUAAUCCGUCCGCAUUCCGCUAGGUAUCUGCCUUUCAAGUUCCCGCCCUGCUCAUGAUGCCCUUGCCCUGGCCCCGCGCAGAGACAUCAUGUGCGGCUCCUCUCCUCGUGGGCCCGGACUCCGGAGCACAUACGGGAAUAAUAACGCGCGCAAAUUUAAGCCUUUCGACAUGUCCUCGAGUCUCCAGUCUCCAUACGCCUAAAGGUUUGCCGCGUGAAGAGCCUCUCGGGAAGCUCGGACCGUCGGACGCCCAUCAUAUUAUUGUCCGGAGUAAGUGCUCACGUAAGCACUUCCGAGGUAUAGCCAUAGCCGAUAUUCUGCCGCCCCUUGCUCUACGCCGAUGCUGAAGCCUGAAUCCUACUAUUGUGUACACGAGAUCCGGAGCAAUAAUAAUGUCAUAUUGGGGAGAGAAAUAAGGUACCUUAGACGAGCCAGGUCAUUUGGUGGA